AUGCGUUCGUCCUCGCCGUGUUUGUUUACCAGAGACAGGCUGCUGGAGUUUGCAUCCCUGCGGCGAGCGGCGCAGCAGCAGGCGGAACGGCUGGAUGAGUCAGGGCGGAAGGGCGGCGCAGAGGCCGCGGUGAACGGCACCAGCGAGCGUGGGAUAAGUGGCGCGGCGCCGCCUCCGUGGGUCCGCGCGUUGACGCAUUUUGUGGAGCUCGAAAGCACAGUAAACCUCAAGCUUGCGCGACUGCACGAGCAGCAGCGGGAGUUUCUUCAACCAAAGUUUCUCUCCGACGAGGAGGAGGAGGCACAGAGGCAACAGGUCGAAGCGAACGCGCAAAGCAUUCAAUGCUUGCUUCGGGAACUCGAGCGCAUGGUCAUCUCUGGCACGCGCCCACAGGACCCAGCCAACGAGGACGAGGUGCAGGCGUCGGAAAACGCCAAGAAGCAUCUCUCGUCUCGGCUAUCCGCAACUAUUCAGUUCUUUCGCGAGGGACAGGAGCUCUACGCCGCACAGCUACGGCGAUGUGAAGAGAAGAAACAGCGAUACAGACAGAUUGGCUCGUGCGAAGCGCAUGAACGGAUGGAACGGGAGGAAAAGAUUGCCCAGUACCUUGAGCUUGGGUAUACCCAGCUUGACAUUCAAGAACUCCUUGAAGAGGAUGCGAGACAGAAGGAAAUUAGUCGCGAAGUUCAGGAAAUAUUGCGAAGUGUAACGGAGUUGCAUGCUAUGUUUAAGGAUUUGGGAACAAUGGUGGUGGAGCAGGGGAGCGCCUUGGAUCGCGUUGACUUCAAUGUGCAGCAGGCGCAACUAGCCGUAAAAGGGGGCGUUGCAGAGUUGAAAAAGGCGCGUGAAAAGCAGGGUGGGUGUUGGGUAAUGUGA